GCGGGUCUCUGCGGCCUACUUCACUUCUCUUAUCCCACAAUUCCGGUCGCGUUCUGAACGCGUGCUCCCAGCGAAAGCUCUCGAAUCCGCCUUCUCCCAGGCAGCGAAGGUCAAAGUUCGAGUGUCUGUACACCGCUAUACAUGUGUACACGGAUGGAAAAGCGGAAACUGCGGCUCUUCUCGGCAUGGCUUCCCUUUUGAAUUUCGAGCCCGCUUCAGUUGUCGACACUUUUACUUGCGCAGCUUCACUGGAGAAGUAACCGCUUUCUUAGUAUCUCGCACAUCUUGAAGACAGGAGCGUGCCUCCAAAUGCCGAGCCCAUGGACCAGGAGGACUCUAUGGCAGUCUCUCUUCCUCCCUUGUCUCUCUUCCUCUUUUCCCUGUGCGGCUCAGGUUCUCCUGCGUGCUCUGGCGUAUUCUGUUCCACAUUUCCCUGCCUCGAUUUGCUGUGAGAAGUCUUUUUUUCGCUCCCAGAUCGACUCCACGUCUCCUCUGCAUGCACAGGGGAGAUGCGACCCAAGCGGUCUGAUAUCUUUCUCGCUUUUCCGCAAGAACGAGAGCUGCCACCUUUUCUCGUCUCUGCGAAGAAGAGUACUCUGUUGGCCGUAUAGUUUCGCUUUUCCCUCUUUUCUGGCGUCCCCCGCCUGUGCGCGUGGGGACCUCGCAGCGUCUUGCCCCUUUCGAGAGCCCGUAUGAGGUGUAGCUACACCAAAUAUUUCCCGCAUUCCCCUGCUGUUCCUCAAGGAGGUAGCACUAGACAGCAGAUACUCGUGGCCACGGCCCGGAACAGUUUUUUCUUGUUUACGGCUCUUCUUUGCCUCCGUUUCCCCGUCUUGUCCACGUCGAGUCCCCCCUCCACUCACGGGUUGUCUCUGUUCUCCAACUGCGCAUGAAAGGGGAGAGGAAUUUUUCUUUGUGGCUUUGCUCCUUUCUUUAUCGCGUCCACUGACUCUGUUCUGCUUAGAACGUUCUGUGCAUCCUCUCCUCCACGUCGUGUUCCAUCGCGUUUCGCGUGUCUCCAGCUUCCCCACCUUUGAUUUCUCCGACUGCAGGUACGCCCCUUUGUUCGCGACCACAAGUGAGAGUCUUCAAGCGCGUCAUUCGUUUUCCCCUUUCUCUUUCUCGCGCGUUUUCCUCCUCCACUCUCCACUCUUCGUCGUCAGCCUGUUUUCUCUCAGCGUCUCGUCACCCCCGGAACCGGGGGCGUCUCUGCAGCUGUCUUGACCUUCUUCUCUCUCCUCUCGCCUCGAUUUAUCAGUACGAAGACGGUUACACUUAUUCCUUGCGCAGCUUCUCGGGAACCAGCUGAUAGACUUCCUGGAGAGGGUGAGAACCCACCUGUUCCGUACCUUGCUUCCUUUGAAGACUUCGAGAGGCGCAACUCCGCACACACGAAGAGUCGCGAGGGGCGAGAAAAAUGUCGGAGGAACCGGGAGACCAGCUGUACUCUCCCUCUCGCAUUGAGGAGAGCCCGAAAGAGUGUGAGGACACGGGCGAGACGACAGGGCGAGGAGACAGCGGAGACAGGUGGGGUGAGCGCUCGGCGUCUCCCGCGAGGCGCGAGGCCAGCAGAAACGAUGGUAGCCGUGAACUGAGCGAGAAGAAGAGUCAUGCUUUUCGCCUCGGUGGAGAGAGAAGCGGGAGAGAUGGCUUCGGGCCGAAGCCGACGGAUGGCGACGCGCACAAGAGCGAGGCGCAUGGACACUCGAAGAGCGGCGGAAGCCAAGAGGGCAGGCGAAGACAUUCGGCGGAUCCCAUCGCACGUAGAGGAGGUGGGCGCGAGGAAGAGAGGAAAGAGCAGGGAGAGAGAGAGAGAACGAGCAGCCGCAGAGACCGAGAGAAGUCUGGCGAGCGGGAGCGACCGCGGAGAGAACAUGGCGAGGAGUGGCUUGGAGACAGGACGGGCGGGCGAGAUCACGCAGAGCGGAAAAGAGACGAACACAGAAGCUCGGGCGGCGACUCGGAGGCCGUGAAGAGACAGACUCCAGUCUCUUCCUCGUCGUGUGCCACGACUCGAAGGAGGACCCGCUUCGACGUAGGACCCGAGGAACACAAACAGAUGCAGCGCUUGGAGCAGUGGCGCCAACUGGUUGAGCAGAAGGCGCAGGAAGAGCGAGCGGCUUUGCAGGCCGAGCAGAAGUCCGAGGCCAACACGGCCCUCGUCGAAGAGUCCGACGACGACAUGCAAAUCGACGACGGCUCGGAGAGCUGUGCGCCGCCGGGCGCUUCCGUUUCCGGCUUCUCAGCCAGUGCCGAAGAGGUGAGAGAACGCGCCUCGGGCUUCUCUGGGUCGGGAAAGGGGCGCGACAGCCGCUGCGCAGAGUCUCCGAACAAGCGACGAGAAGAACGUCGGAGAGACAGAGACGACGACCGAAGAGACAAAGAGGAGAGCAGAAGAGACGACAGGCGGCGCGAGGAGAGGCGAGAUCGUGAUGGCAGGAAAGAAUACGAAGGGAGACGGGAACAGGAAGGACGACGGGAACAGGAAGGAAGAGAAGAGCGUGAGGGAAUGAGGAAACACGGAAAGCGAGAGGAGAAACAUGAGAGGCGGGCGGACCGGCGCAGAGGAUACGACAGACGAGAGGAUCGCGAGGAAGAACGGAGAGGGGAGAGGAGGCGGGGCGAACGCGAACGGAGAGAACGCGAGUUGCGCGACGAGAGACGCACAGAGGAAGAGCGAAAAGACCGAGGGCGCAGCAGCCCCUGGAGAGACGACUCAAGUGGGCAAGGAGCCCCGCAGCCCAAGGAAGCCGAAGAGACGCCUGUCUCCGCAGGCCCGCAGGACGGGUCUUCGUUUCCUUCGCGAGAGGAGAUGCGAGAACAGAAACGGGAGGAGAAGCGCGAGGAAGAAAAGGACAGCAGAGAGGAGGGAGGAGACCGGCCAGACGCACAAACUCAAGACGAGAAGAGCGAGGACGGGGACUGCAUUUCCUCUCGACUCCGGCGCCGACACACCUCGCGGCGCGGCGCGUCGGGGCGCCUGACGUCCGACAACAGCGAGAGCGAAAAGUCCUCGCCUUCGCCUGUUUUCGAUCGCGCCAAGAAGAGUCUUCACAAAGGCCGCCGCGGAGAGGGUCGCACCUCCGCCGUCGCCCUCACUUUGGACGACGACGAAGAAGAGCAACGUCACGGUCACCUCCCGGGCUACUCGAAUCUGCCUUCGCCUUCGCUCUCGCCCGCCUCCUCGCGGUCGCGACGCUCGCGGAGUCCACUUCACAAACGGAGACUCUCUCCUCGAGACCUGACGUCCGUCGACCCCUGGACGCACAUGGCGCAGAGGCAUCCGUUCUCCGAAACCGGAGGCGAGGCUAGCGAAAAUAACGGCGUCUCGACGCCUGGACCUCACCACGCAGCAACUCCCUUCGCUGUUGGUCCAGGCGGCCCCGUCAUCCUGCACGCGCCUGCGGGCCAGGUCGCCGCGCCCCCCUUCUCGGGCGCACAUACACCCCAUCCGGGGGUCGGCCCCGGACCAGUCCCUGGGCCAGUCCCCGGGCCAGUCGGCCCGGAGACUCCGGGCGCGUUCGGGCCUGUGUGGGGCGUACCCUUCGCGCCCGCGGCGUAUCCGGCGCCGGGGUCAGUGUGCCCUGGCUACUUUGCCCCGGCGGGGUCCCCGCCGUGGGCGAGAGGCCCCCACGGAGAGACUCUGGCACCGCGAGAGCGUUCGGAGACACUCGGAGACAGUGCGGCGGCUGGGAGACUCCCGGCGGACUUCGGGCCCGAAGUCCGGCCCCACGGGGUCUCUGGGGACCUGGCGGAGGCGCGAGUGCCACGGGGAGGCGCCUCGAGUUUCGUCGCGCCGCCUCUCGACGCCCAUCCCGUGCUACAGCAGCAGGCUCGCGAACAGGCACAGCAAGUUCACACUCACUCUGUCGCGGUGAUUGGCGCGAAUGUGUGGAAGAAAAUCGACAAAUUGCGAAGAGCAAAGAUCUGCUUGAACUGCCGGCAACAGCCCCAAAGAAUCAGCAACGCCUCAGGCGCCCCCUCCGGCGUCUGCAGUGGAUGUACACGCCACGUCGGCAGACAACACUGCAAACACUGCGGAAUCGAGUUUCUGCAACAUCACUACUGCGCCCAGGCAGAGAAAUUGCUGGGUCGACCCAUCUGCCUCGGAUGCGCCCGGCAACUGUCCAAGUACCGGAAAGAUCCGAGCAUCUGUCGGUACUGCAAGUGUUGGUCGGCCUGGAACGAAGCUCAGGAGUGCGAACGCUGUCGCUCUCGCAUUCAACGACACGGAAUGCCCCGAAGAUGCGAGAAAUGCGGCGUGGAAGCAGCCUUUCCGCGCGCAUCAACGCCUCAGGAGGGCGAAAAGGGGGAGACGCAGGCCCCAGAGCUUCUUUGCUUUCUCUGCGCCUUCGCAGCGAAGAAGGCGCUGCUUCUGCAGCAGAGAUCGAAAAUCCGAGCGCAGCAAACACUGCAGCUCCUGCAACCUGGGCGCGUUGACGCCGCAGCUCUCGAGCUCGACCACGUACCCAGAGGCCUGCUCAGUGGACGCAGGGAAACGCUUGGUCAGGAGACAGGGGAGCUCCCGAAAGAAGAAGACGCUGCGGCGAAACCUGCGUCUUUUUGGAAACAACACGCACAGACUCUUCAGCAGCAAAAUGAAGAAUUUCUGCAACAAUUGCAACAAAUGCAGCAGCAGCUGCUCCAUAAAGAUUUGGCAAUGCAAGAGCAACAACAAGAGAAGAAGGAGCAGCAGCAGGCCCUGCAGCAAGACCUCCUUCAAGAGAAGCGUCGCAACCAACAACUGCUUCUGGACUUGAAACGAGCGUCGGCGGAGCAGGAGGCGCAGGCCGCAAAAGCAGCUGCCGACCAGCGGCGAACAGAAGAAACUCACUUGGGCCUCUCAAAUGCACUGCACGAGUGCAUUGACCAGCUGAAGCGCAAAAACGAAGAACUCGAGUUGGAGAACAAACGGUGCACAUUGGAGGCACAGCAGUUGAAGAGGCAGAACCACGCGUUAGUGCGAGAGGCGGAGAACGCGAGAAAGGAACUGUCUUCUGUGACUUCUGCUCGUGACUCGGCAUUGUCUUCGCGAGAAGCUGCGAAUUCAGAGAUUUCUGCGCUCGAGGCGGCUCUCAGCGCUGCACAGAAAGAAUUGGCAGAGACACAGAAGAAACUGGCUGCACUGGAGACCGAGCUAGCUGCCGCCCACGCUGAGGUGUACAAACAGCGACGCGCGGGGGUUCCGCCGGGAGACGGUGUAGAAGGCAAGAGAGAGUUGACGGACGAACGAGAACGGGAGAGAGAAACAGAGAAAAAGGCAGACAGAGAACACGGCAGCCACGAGCACAGUGGCGAGGAGGAAGAGAAGGAGAGGGAGAAGGAUCAAGAAGAGAAUGGAGCGAAGGGAGAAGCGAAGAGAGAUGAGAAGGCUGGAGAGGAGACGGACGAGAAGGAAGGGGAGAAGGAGAAAGAGGAGAAAGAAGAGAAGGGAGAGGCGAAGAGAGAUGAGAAGGCUGGAGAGGAGACAGACGACAAGGAAGGGGAGAAGGAGAAGAAAAAAGAGGAUCUCCUAUCACAGGAAGCCGGAAGGAAAGGAGUAUCUGGGAAGAACAAGAAACGGCGUUUGGCGCGCGGUCGAGAAGCGAACCAAGAGAACGGGGAGGUAGAAACUGUCGAGAGGAGAGGCGAAGCGACUAUCCCCCAAGAGAAGGCAGAAAGAGACCCAGAAGGGGAUCAGGGCGGUGCCGAUCCGGAGUGCACGCCUGCGUGUACAGACCCCCCGGCGCCGGAGGUGAGCGAGGGUGCGCCUGCAGCCGCGGAGACUGGCGAGUCUUCCUCGAGGGAGGAGGACGCGGUUCCGAAGGCCUCCUCUGAAGACGAGACGGGGAAAAAGAACAAGAGAAAGAGGAGACGAGAAGACUCGACAGACGAGGGGAAGAGGCAUGCGGCGGAGCCGCAGAGAGGAGACGGCGAAACAAAGGAAAACGACGGACACACUCCUAUCCGCGAUGAAACAGAACGAGAAACAGAGACGACCGGGAAUCCUGCGAACGGACAGAAAGGGACGAUUGAGGCAGCGCCUGAAGAAAAUGGAGAGAAAGAAGAAAGCGGUACUCAUGGCGAAGCAGAACAAGCAGAGCAGAAGGAAGACGACGACCAAGACGACGAAGAGACGCUUCUAGCGGAUGUCGCUGCUACGAAAAUCAGCAAACGCGGGGGCAGGAAGGCGUCUGUACAGCGGCGGAAACCAAAGGCGAAGGCGAGUCGAAGGAGGUGAUUUCUCCGAGCGUCACGGAGGAAGAUAUUCACUCUUUUUUUCUCGCCUCUUUCCUCUCUCUGCACUCAACCAGCAAACUAGAUCUACAUGCA